UUUUAGGUGACUUUGUGGAGAGUGAGAGCUUAGCGAAGUCAAUGCUCCUCUUCUUCCCCUCAUGGAAUCAUUUCUGCAGAUCUGAACUCAACAAUUCAUCAUGGAUUCAACCAAUGUUCUUCUUUCUGUCUUCUUCUUCUUGUUCUUCGCUUCAUUUCCAGUUCCAGCCACUUCAUCUCCGCCAUUUUUUCCGGCGGAAGCUCUUCCCACCAAAUCAGGCUAUCUCCCGAUCAACCCCACCACCGGCUCCGCCAUUUACUUCGCCUUUUACGAAGCCCAAACCCCAAUUUCUUCCAUCUCAAAAACCCCUCUUCUGAUUUGGCUCCAAGGCGGCCCUGGCUGUUCUUCCAUGAUUGGCAACUUCUUCGAGCUGGGUCCAUGGCGGGUCAAUUUCCACAAAAAAGAAACCGACCCUGUUUCCCUAAUCCCCAAUACAGGCUCGUGGAAUCGAAGAUUUGGGGUUCUAUUUCUCGACAAUCCAAUUGGAACUGGCUUCAGUAUUGCAGCAACCAAAGAUGAGAUCCCUAAAAACCAAUACUCUGUUUCUAAGUAUCUUUUUUCUGCAAUUUCUUCGUUUAUCGAGCAGGAUAUUACGUUUAAGAAUCGACCCAUUUACAUAACAGGGGAGAGCUAUGCAGGGAAAUAUGUUCCCUCAAUUGGGUAUUACAUUUUGAAGAAAAACCCCAAAUUACCUGUUGAUAAGAAGCUCAAUUUAGCUGGUGUAGCCAUUGGAAAUGGGCUAACAGAUCCCAUUACUCAAGUAGCCACUCAUGCGUUGAAUGCAUACUAUUCUGGGCUGAUUAACGAAAGGCAAAAAAAGGAAAUGGAAAUCGCUCAAUUGGAGGCUGUGGAGCUCACUAAAAAGGGGAAUUGGAGUGAGGCCACAAAUGCAAGGAGCAAGGUCUUGAAUUUGCUCAAGAACAUGACAGGAUUAGCCACUUUGUAUGAUUAUACAAGAAAAUCUCCUUAUAAUUCUGAAUUGGUAGCUGAGUUCCUGAGCUUCAAGGAGGUGAAGAGGGCAUUGGGAGUGAAUGAGUCCAUGGUUUUCGAAGAGUGUAGCGAUCUUGUUGGGGAGGUUUUGAAAGAUGAUGUGAUGAAGAGUAUGAGAUAUAAGGUUGAUUAUCUGGUGAAGAACAGUAAGGUAUUGGUUUAUCAAGGGCAGUUUGAUUUGAGGGACGGCGUGGUUUCAACGGAGGCUUGGUUGAAGAAGGUGAAAUGGGGUGAGAUUGAGAGGUUUUUGGGAGCUGACAGAAAGAUUUGGAGUGUUGGAGAUGAGUUAGCUGGUUAUGUUCAGAAAUGGAAGAGUUUGAGCAAUGCUGUCGUGUUGGGAGCUGGUCAUCUUGUUCCUUCUGAUCAAGCUUUGAACUCUCAAGCAAUGAUUGAAGAUUGGGUGUUGGAGAAGGGGGUUUUUGGUGAUGAUAAUGCUGAAGAGAAGAAGCCUUUUGGUGCUAAUGAUUUUGGGGUUUGGUGAUAUAAAAAAAAUGUAUGCUUAUGAUUCCGAUGUUGGACGUUAAUCUAUGAACAGGUUUUAUAUAGACCAUAUAGGCCGAUGAAUCCACACAUCUCGAUUGAAAAAGAAUCAGUAAAAAAAGAAAGAAUUGAAAAUAAUCGUAUGGGAUGUCCUUACUGAUAGUUAGGUAUGCAUACAUUUUGUUUGUUCUA